AUGCUGAAGUUGUUGGCCGUGAACGGUCACUCGAGGUCCGACGUGAUCGAGGUUGACUCGGCGCCCAGCGGGGCGGACCUGCUCGCCGCGAUCAAGGCCAAGCUGGGCUGGACCUUCACGGCGGCCAACUACCAGAACGAGGGACGCGCGCGGGGCGAGCCGCUGCCUCUCGACCAGCCGCUCGGCGACACCCUGAAGGACGGCGCCACGGUCACGGCGAAGCGGGGCAGGGGCGCCAGGCCGCCGGCGGCCACUCCGGCGCGGCGGGCGGCGGCGGCGGCGGCAGCGGCGCCGGCGAGCGAGGGCGGCAAGCCUCGCUCACGCUCGCGCUCCCCGAAGAGCUCGGCGCCGGACGGUGGGUCGACUCGCGAGAGCGGGGCCGCGAGCGCGGCCGCGCCCGCGGCGGCGGUCCAGCAGGCCCCGCCGCGCGCAGCCGCGGGGGCGCCGAGGGCGGCGGCGCCGCGGGUGGCGGCGGCGCCCCCGGCGGCGGCGCCGGGGGUCGCGGGGGGCGAGCGCGGCGCCGGUGUUGGCAGGCUGCGGGAGGAGCUGGCGCAAGCGCGCCGGAAAGCCGCCGCCGCGGCCGCGGCGUUGGGCGUGCGCGACCAGGAGCUCGCGACGGUGCGCGCGGAGCUGGCGCAGGCGCGCCAGGAGGCGGCCGACGCAGACGCGGCCUGCAGCAAGGUGGAGACGAGGUGCGCGGGCCUGACGACGGAGGUAGCCCGCCUGCAGGGCGAAGGGGAGGCGCUCAGGGGGCAGCUGAGCUACUGGCACACGAUGUACCACGGCGGCCCGCACGUGGACGGCGUGGACUACCCUGGCAAGAAGGAGUUGGCCCUGCAGGAGCAG